AUGAGUGGAAUGGGCAAGGUCUUUAAAGAGGGCUGGCACCCUAAGAGCCGUCAGGGGGGAAAGGAAAGUUGGCGAGGCGAUUUCAAAGGCAUCAACCAAGUGGCAGGAUGGAUGGGUAAGGGGAAAGACAAGGAAAGCGAACGCGAGGAACAUGUUUCCCGACCCCUUUCUUCGCUCAAAGAUCCGUCAGCUUUUGGGCCACCACCGAAGCAUGUCAAAUACCACGGCGCCGCCGCACUUCCAAACGAGACUACACCAGAUAGGAGAGGUUUGGGUGCUCCACUAUCCCGAGAUCAGAUCAACCAUCGGACUGCUCAGCAGCAGGAGCAAGAGCAAGCGGAAGCCCAGCAAGAGAAGCCGGCCCCCCCUCCGCUACCGUUUCGUGCCAAUCGGACGGGCGUAGACCCCAGUACUCUGCCCCCCCCUCCUGUGAGACGUAUGGACUCCCCGGUGGAAUCUACGUCUUUGACGAACUCUAAGCCCAGACCAAGCGUUCCCCCUCGAGUUCCUCUUCGGACCAAUUCCACACCAUCGUCACGUGCCCCUUCUCCGCCUCCUAGCUAUUCUCCCAAUCCGGCAGCUCAGCAACCCUUGGAGGGGCAUUUAAACCAGUCCGCUACGUCUCGACUCACUCAGGCUGGAGUUUCAGUGCCCGCUCUUGGAAUUGGGAAUGGAGGCAACCAAUGGAGAAGAGACGGCAAUCCUUCAGGAACUGUCUCCCCAAGUACUGCUAACUCAGCCGGUCAUGUUCCAGUUAAUGAGCUGCAAUCGCGCUUUGCGCAGAUGAGAACCAAUACAUCCUCCCCUCAGCAAGCUCCAUCCCCGCCGGUCCGGGGGAACUCAUACACCAAUGAACACCCAUCACAAUCUCCCGUUCCAGCGCCGGACAAUCGCAGUGCUACAUCUAUUAUCAGCGACUUCCGUGAGAAACACAGUGAUAAGAUUGAAUCUGGAAAACAGAAACUCAAUGGGAUCAACCAAAAGUACGGGAUCAGCCAAAGAGUAAACAGCUUUUUCGACGAUAAGCCUCGGGCGAAUCAAGCACCACCACCCAUACCUCCACACCCGAAUGCUAACCAGGAAGCUUCCAACGCUAGUUCAGAGUCUUUAACCCAAAGGAAAGCCCCACCUCCCCCACCUCCCAAGAAGGCUGGGAUGCGAUCUACCCCAGUCGCAGCCCCAUCUCCUACACCUCCACCAGUCCCAAUGGGAACUAAGCCUCGCUGA